CUUUUCUCUAUUUGAACAAGCCAAGCAAUCGUUUCCAUCAAAUUUUGAACACUUUUUUAUAAACAAUAAGAGAAUCUGCUUGUGAGGGAUUUCUUGAAUCCCUCCUCCUUUAGCGAAAGAGCUUAUUUCAAGGAGGAAAUCUAGCAGAGUGGAGCAUCGUUAUUCAAAAGUUGGAAAGUGUAUUAUGGUGAUCUAUCAAAGCAAACGAGAUAAAGAGAAACAGAAUGCCCUCACUUUGAAGGAAUGGAUCAAUCCCUUUAUAGUGAAAGUGAAAGUGAAAGUGAAAGUGCAAGUGGUUAGUAUCAACUAAGGGAAAAACUUGAGCAAUGCAGCCUUUAAGUAAUGCCUCUCUUUCCAAAUCUCUGUCAUACGGAUCAUUAUCAGCUAAAUGUUUGGAAGUAUCAUCACCAUUUGGCUGCCUGUUCAUAAGUUUGAAACCAUGCAUUCCUCCCUGUUUCUCAUCUUCUGUUUGGCAAUCUCCAUCUCACUUACAAGUGGAGAACAACUCAUCUUAGCAAACAACUGCAAUGAAAGUGUCUGGCCUGGAAUACUCGGCAAUUCAGGCCACCAGACGCCAAUGGGCGGCGGUUUCCAUCUCGGCAGAGGCAAGCACGUAGUGGUCGAAGUGCCAAAGAAGUGGUCAGGCAGGAUUUGGGGCAGGCAGGGCUGUUCUUUUAGCCAUGAAGGAAAAGGCUCGUGCGACUCGGGAGACUGUUCAGGCAGAUUACAUUGUAGAGGCACUGCUGGGGUUCCUCCAGCCACUAUUGUUGAAGUAACUCUGGGAUCAUCUAUUUCACCAAUGCAUUACUAUGAUGUUAGCUUGGUAGAUGGCUUCAACUUGCCUCUUUCAAUGAAGCCAAUUGGGGGUGGAAUUGGCUGUGGCAUUGCGUCCUGUGAUAUUGAUGUGAACAUUUUCUGUCCAUCAGCCUUGGAAGUGAAGAAGAAUGGAAAAGUGGUGGGCUGCAAGAGCGCCUGUUUAGCGAUGCAAUCAGCCAAGUACUGCUGCACAGGGAAGUAUGCUAACCCCAAAACCUGCAGACCCACACUAUUUGCUCAUUUAUUCAAAGCCAUGUGCCCCAAGGCUUACACCUAUGCUUUUGACGACCCGUCCAGCCUUCGAAAAUGUAAGGUUUCGCGUUACGCCAUCACAUUCUGCCCUUCCAUGUGAGGACGAUUCCAGGUUACUGCAGAAAAGAAGUCUACCAUGACAGUACAAAAAUAAUGCCUUCCUGCAGAAUUAGAAGCUCUUGUACGUUUUCUAUCUUAUUUUUGUUAGUUACUCAAGAAAUAGACUCCAAUAAGCAUCUGUUGAAGAUUUUGCAUUCUAUGUCAAUAUAAAUAUCCUGUUACGCAUAUUAGUUCA